CAAGUACACACACACACACAACGGACCUCUGCCAGAGGCGAGGGCGUUCUUUUCCCGCUGGAGCCGGUCGCGCUCGUUUUGCAGGAUGCGGUUCUCUUCCUUCUCUUCGUCAAGCUGAAUGCGCAGGGAUCUGCACUCUUGCUGCAGUCUCUCCACUUGUCGGUGCACGUGAUCGUCACUAGAUGUGCUGGUGCGCACACGCUCACCGCGCUCCCGCGCCAGUGUUCGGUACAGCUGCUCAUUCUCCAUCAACAGCUGGGCAGAGGAUCGAGAGGCACCCUCCUUUCCAGAGCCAUCAGUGCCCACCAUGCCCCGACCACUCUUCAUUGUUGUCGCCAUUGUCACCGCAGUGUGCCUUUUGAAUGCGUGUGCCUGAAUGUGUGUUGAUGCGUGUGCUUUGCUCGUGCGAUGCAGUCUGCAAGGUCCGUGUGUGUGUGUGUGUGAGUUUCUGUGGGUCUGCUUCGAAGGCCACCAAAGCCUCAAUGUGGGGUGGUGGUGGGUGGCGGUACUCGCUCGCCUCCUGUUUGUGCUUCUUGCCGUGCCUGCUGGAUGUGUGCUUCUUGCUUCGUUGGCUCACGCAGCGCUUGGUGUCGUGUGCACCUGCUUGUUGCCUCUUCAACGUCGCCGUUUCCGCAGCGACCGAGCAGUUUUUGAUAAUUAUUGAAUAUCUUCAGGUAAAAUUCCGCGGUACCAGCCAGAAAGAGGACAGCACCACCAACCAAGAGAAGCAAGCAAGCAAGCAAGGCAGAGCGGACACAGCACCAGCAUCAACUCCAACGGCUGAGCAUGUGUGCAGACACCUCGCCCGCGGGAAAGGAUGUGCUUGGGUUUGAACCAUCGCGUCACAUCUCCGGCGAUGUCAUUGCUAACUUGGCACGCCGUCGUAUGCGAUGGCACAGAAAGUAUCCCAGGAUUGAGGACGCACAACACAAGUCUUUCACUCGCCCAUUCAAGCGUUUCAUCUCCAAGGGCGUACCGCACCACUUGCGACCAAACGUGUGGCGGCUGUCCGCCAGCCGAUUUGCGCAAAAGUACAACCGCAAGCACGAGGACGUGCCCAUCUUGAAUGGAUCUGCCCUCUUGCAACAGGCGCGAUCCAACCCGCAUGCGCUGACCAUCGACGAAGACACGCUGAUGCAGAUCAAGAUGGAUAUGCCUCGCACGUUCCCGGAGCACGCGGAGUUCAAGGAGGGCGCACACAUUUACGAGGAGCUUGGACACGUGCUGCGGGUAUUUGCACACCUGCACCCUCACAUUGGCUAUUGUCAGGCCAUGAAUUUCCUUGCCGGAGUUCUGUUGUUGACGACGAGAGACGCUGAAGCGACACUCAGCCUUCUCCAAUGCAUUGUCCUCGUGUACAUGCCAGAUCGCUACACGAGCGAAAUGAAAGUACAGGACGAUGUCAAGAUUCUACAGCGCGCCCUCAACACCCCGCGCUAUGCGCACGUGCGUUCUGCCCUCGAAGAUGCCGGCGUUGACGUGACUUUCUUUGCUGUCAAGUGGCUACUGAUGCUGUUUGUUGAUGCGCUGCCCUCCGACCAACUCCUGGUCCUCUGGGACCUCUUCUUCCUCUGGGGCAGACGGGUGUUGCUUCAGGCCGCGUUGUUUCUUCUUCACGAGCACGUGGAGGAUCUCCGGGCCCGGCCGGACGUGAACCACGUGAUGGACGUUCUCAAGGACUUGGGCCGAACGCGCGCGCUCACGCCGCAGGCGUUUGCACACGGCAUUACGCAACAUGGAGGGGGAGUUGUGCCCAAACUUGUGUAGCUGGUGUUAUGUUAAUCCUUGAGCACCGUGUACGUGCUAAGCGACUAACAGUGCUGUAGUUUAUUUGCAUGCAAAUAGAUUGUCAAUCAAAAGUCCAAGGAGCCCCAAGGCAAUACGUGUAUGUGCAUGCGAGCAAGCAAGAAGCGUGUUUGCUGUUCUGCCGAAGAAAGCGUCAAGUGACGUUGUGCCAGUCAAGCAUGUGUGAGUAAGCGAACGUGUGUGCGUGUGCACGUGCGUGCAUGUGUGUGUGUGAGUGUCCGUGUGCGUGUAUGAACAUGAGUCCCUUCUGUGUGCAUGAGCUUGCUGGUCCACUUCAAUGCAGCGUGUUGUCCCUGCAGCCACGAGCGCGACAGCGGUGUGAGAACAUUGAAAAUCAAGCACGUACGUACGAACGUACAUGCAUACACACACA